CACUCGGCCAUUGGGUUGAGCUCUUGACGUGCGCGGAGGGGAGUUACGAUUCGUUUAGAGUGCAAGGGCGCCAAGUUUCGUGAGAUUCACGCUCACGAAAAAAAGAAGACAAAGCACACGUCACAACUCAAGAGUCUAUGGAUUUUGUUCGAGAUCAAUACGCUAGGGGGGAAACGAUGCCGUUGGACAAAUGCUGAUGAAAGUUUGAGAAAGAAAACGAACGUUUCCUAUUGAAUGACCCGCUAGAUAGAAUUUCCUUAACGCCAUCAAUCAGCAAACCGACGUACUGGAAACUCGUUAGGCGUUUUUUUUUUUUGUUUUUUUGUUUUUAAAUAUUAUCUAAAAAGAGAAAAAAAAAUGACUCACGGAGCGCCGGCCAAAAAGACACCGACGAACGACGAUGAAGAAGUCGUUCCACCCCCAGACGGCGGUUGGGGCUGGGCUGUCGUGUUCGGUUCCUUUAUGAUUCACAUUAUCGCGGACGGAUUCACGUACACAUUGGGCAUUUUCAUCGUCGAAUUGAUGUGGUACUUCGAUGAAGGUUCCGAACGCACCAGCUGGAUUGCUUCAAUUAUGGUCGGCGUCACGUUAGGAUCAGGGCCUAUUGUCAGUUCGCUUGUGAACAAAUAUGGCUGCAGGACCAUCACGAUUGUUGGGGCCUUAAUUGCUGCCUUAGGAUUAGGCAUCAGUACGUUGGCUAAUGGUGUAACCACACUCUAUGUUACUAUUGGAUUACUAGCUGGUUUCGGUUUCGGUCUGAUUUAUCUGCCGGCCAUCGUCAGUGUCACGUGCUACUUCGAGAAAAAGCGUUCGUUUGCCACGGGCAUUGCCGUUUGCGGAUCUGGAAUAGGCACGUUCAUCUUUGCUCCAUUAACCGAAGCUCUCAUCAAAACUUACUCGUGGAGGGGAGCUCUGCUUAUCAUCACGGCCAUCACCCUAAAUUGCAUUAUCUUUGGAGCUUUAUUCCGGCCCUUAGAGACGACUAGACCUCGAAGGAAGAGGACCACGUCAGAGAUGGCUGUCGAAAUGGUCGAGAAGGAAAAACUGAUGGCCAUUAACGAAGAGAGUGAUCAUUCUCCGGCAGAUUCCGCUCGGCGGAGUGCUCACGAUGUUGCGCUCAACGGCGAAACGCGUAAGAUCGAUCAAGAUAAACCGACCAACAACACGUUGAUGGUCAGUACAGCUGUUGGGGAUGCAUCACUGGCUCGAAUGGCACGUAGCCAACCGCAUCUUCUUCAAGUUCCAGGCGACGUGGCUGGCGAAGACAAUCGCAAAUUUGGCAGCUACGGCCAUUUGCCUAGCAAUCGAGACGCGGAAAUGGGUAUAACCGUAUCUAGCCGUAAGGGUUCCACAGCUGACAUGCGCUCACAGCACGGAGGGUCCGGUGUCAUGUAUCGCAAGGACGCGUUGUACAGCGGCUCCAUGUUGAACAUACCCGAAUACCGAGCUGACCCCAAGGGAUUUUCCGGCUCCGUGAUGCGCAUCCCGGAAGACACGGGUUCUGGAACGACGAACGAAAACGAGAAGGUCAAAGUCUGCGGUUUGAUUCCCUGCAGCAAAGAAUCCUACGAUGCUUACAUGGAAAUGAUGGACUUUGGCCUACUCAAAGACCCCGUUUUCAUUCUCUUCACCAUCUCCAAUUUCUGCACAAGUAUUGGCUUUAACGUACCUUACGUCUACAUCAAAGAUAAAGCCCUCGAACUGGGAAUCCCGUCGGCCAACGCCAGUUUUCUCUUGUCCGUCGUAGGCAUUGCCAACACCAUUGGUCGUGUCAUUCUCGGUUACAUCUCCGAUAAACCGUGGCUCAAUCGCCUUUGGCUUUACAAUGGAGCCCUUACGAUUUGUGGCUUAGCUACCGCCUUCAGCGCAUUUUGUGAUGAUUACGUUACGUUAAUCGUCUAUUGCGCCACGUUCGGCUUCACCAUCGGUGCCUACGUCGGCCUGACGUCCGUCAUCCUGGUCGAUCUACUCGGUCUAGAAAAAUUGACGAACGCUUUUGGAUUGCUGUUGCUAUUUCAGGGCAUUGCCUCACUCGUCGGACCGCCCAUUGCAGGCCGUUUGAAGGAUAACCUCGGCUCGUACGACGCCGGCUUCUACUUGGCGGGUGCGAUGAUUGCAGCCAGUGGCUUGAUGCUCUUCUUCAUUCCAUGUCUACAACGUUGGACAAAGUCGAAAACAAAAGUUUCGGACGUGAGCACGAAAAUGGCGCCCAUUCAUUAGACAAUAUAUAUAUUUUUUUGAAAAUAGAAAUAGGACCCUUUUAUUGUGUUGUACUAGUGGGUAAAUAGCCACUCGCAGCCAAAAAUCUACGCAUUAGAAACAUACGAUGGAAAACAGAACUAACGAAAAAAGAAAUGUUAAUUCAACAAUAAUUUUUACUCCAGGGUACGUACAAUUUUAUCAACAAAUUACAGCUAUAUUUUUCUGUCUAGCCAAUCCCCUUACAUAUGUAUGCAGUGCACACCCGAGUUUAGAAAGCCAAUUAUUUUUGAAUUGAAACUUGACACCAGAUGAAAAAUCCAUAUCAUCCCAGUGUGGUCCAAACAUUUUUUGAAUUUUCGACUCAUUGAUUUUGUUGUGAGUGUGUUUAAUUUUUCAUUUUUGCCUGUGUAUGUUUGACACAAUUUGUCCCCCUCCUGCCUUGUCUCCAGUGUGCCGUUUUCAUCCGGACAUGUACUUACUUGUUCUUUUCAUUUUUCAACAAAGAUAAGUACCUGCCAUC